AUGAAACUUUUGGCGCUACUUUUAUUGCUCAUUUGUGGCCAUAAAAUACGGGCUAAAUUGCUGCAGGAACGGAUCAUAGGCGGUGUGGAGUUACCCAUUGAUGUGUCACCCUGGUUGGCUUCAUUAAGUGUAAAUGGAAACUAUAUUUGCAGUUCGGCAUUGAUUACCUCCCAAUGGUUGCUGACGGCCGGGCAUUGUGUCCACUUUCCGGAUAAAUACCAUGUCCGGGCAGGAUCUGUGUCCCCCGAAGAGGGAGGGGUAACCAGGGAAGUGGAAAGUGUUAUCCUGCAUCCGGGUUUUAAGCUGCGAACCCUGGACAACGACAUUGCAUUGCUAAAGAUAAAGAACCUCUAGUUGGGUGACAACAUUCAACUGGUGAGACUUCCACUGCCAGGACUUAAUAUCCUUCCGAGAACCCUCCUGGUGGCUGGCUGGGGCAGUGUAAAUGCCAAUGUCAGUGACACAGAACUAACACUACGUGGCACAUUCGUGGAUGUCAUAGAUCAGAGGCGUUGCCAGCGACUCUAUUCUCGUGUAGGUCGUCCCAUUACAGCCAAUAUGUUGUGUGCGGCAUCCUUUGGUCGAGAUCAUUGUUAUGGAGACUCUGGUGCUCCUUUGGUUCAUCACGGCAGUAGCUAUGGGAUUGUAUCCUUUGCUCAUGGCUGUGCUGAUACUCGUUUCCCGGGAGUCUACACCAGGCUGGCCAACUAUGUGACUUGGAUCUUGAAUGUGCUGAAAAAUUAG